CUCAGUGAAUGUGAUGCGUAGGGAGGCCUGUUCCUCCCUCUCUCCUUUCCUGUCCCUCUCACUUCUCUCACUCACACUAUGGAGCCUAACAACCCAAAGAAGAUCCAGUUUGCUGUGCCACCCCACCAAAAGCAACUGGACCCGCAGGCUGCAGAGCAGAUUCGCAGGAGACGACCCACACCGGCCUCCCUGAUGGUGUAUGCCAACCCAGAGGCUGGAGAUACUGGAGACAAGCGGGAGACAGGAUAUCUGGGAGAGGUCCCAUCUAGUGAGCUUUCCAGGGCACAAAGGAAGCAUGGGGUCUACACAGCACCAACCAUGAGAGGUACAGCCCUCACAACCACAAGCAGCACCUCCCUAAUUGUGGGCUCAGGCAGGCGGAUUGUGCCAGGAGACAGGAGGAGUCAAACAACAUCCACUCUCACAGGUUGGGUUAGGCGCACGGCCCAAGGAGCGUGUCGGGGCCCUGCCCAGGUGCAAAGACACGCCAUAUCAGCACCAUCUUCAUGCUCUCACAGGAGGAAAGCUGCUGAAGACAGAUACCAAGCUGUCCUUCCCGGAAGAAGAGGAAGAUGAUGUGUGUGCUUAGGUGCUCACCAGUGGACAGCACCUCUUAGAAGAGUAUCAGAGAGUCAGCAGCCCCGCACUUCCUUUCUGCACUGAGUGAGUCACGGUGGAUGGAUAAUGGAUUCCAGGCCCCUUCUUAUCUGCCUUUUCUGAGCUUUUUCCCUGCUCUCCAGCUGGAGGGAGUGAGAUGGCCCCCAACUGAAGUGCCACUGACAUCUUAAGUGAUGACCUAGAUACCGCAGUGAUAACAAUGCGACCCAUUAACAUUCAUUAGUACUAACCACAUCUGUUCUUUUGGGAUUCAUUUUCAAACAACUAACCCAAAGAGAGACAUCAGGGAUCCCCAAGCCGUAUGAAUGUUGCCCUUUUUUUCAGCAUGCAUUACACCCGGCAUCAUGCAACCCUCUUCAAGACAUCAGUGCCCUCAGAUCUCCAUGAUAAACUUUCACAAGGCAGCAGAUUCAGGCUAAACACAUACCGAUCAAGCUCUGCAUCAAGUCUGAGCAGCUUUUGACAGGCUUUCAGUAUAAGAGUUACUGCUCAUUCGCAACUCUAUCCUGGGGUCAUUUUAUACUAUCACUUUGUACAUGUUCUGCCUUUUUAACAUGAAAUAAAUGUCUGUUCUCUGAA